AAGGAUUAAAAAAAAAAAAAGAAAUGAUACAGGCCUGAGAGAGUAGUGUUAGCCGUUGGGACGCCGCCAGAUACUGGCGUAGGCAACUGAGGAAGACAAUGGCCUUUACUGUUAAUACUAUUCAAAACGCCGUCUACGUUCUUCAGUCGUCAACUAAAAUUAUCUCACUUUCGAAGUCCAGGCCCUCCGCGUGGGGCGGGGGAGGGCCCGGCUUCCAGGCGGCCCGCACCGUGCCGGGGUCCUGGGCGGUCCUCCCGGCGGCGCUGGGUGCGGGGAGGAGGGUGCGCGGCGCGGGGGCGCGGCCCGCCUUCCCCGCUCAGUCUCCGGCCGCUCCGCGCCCAGGUGGGGACGCCCCCUCCCCCGCAGCGCGGCUCCGCGGGCGGGAGGAGGGGCUGGGCUGCGACUGCCCGCCCUUCCAUCUAUCACAUGGCCGGAGCGCCACAAAAACAACAGCUUUGGCCGUGGCGGGGACUUCAGGACGGGAAACCCGGGGCCCUCGCUACAGCCCCCACCCCAUGGAGGAGAGUUUUCUCGAAUCCUUUGGGAGGCUGAGCCUCCAACAGCCGCAGCCUCGGCUCCCGGCCCCGCCGCCCCCGCGUGGGACACCCCCGCGCCGACACAGCUUUAGGAAACACCUCUACCUUCUGCGAGGCCUCCCUGGCUCGGGGAAAACAACACUGGCCAGACAACUGCAACAUGACUUCCCCAGGGCCCUGAUUUUCAGCACGGACGACUUCUUCUUCAGGGAAGAUGGUGCCUAUGAGUUCAAUCCAGACUUCCUAGAGGAGGCUCAUGAAUGGAACCAGAAAAGAGCAAGAAAAGCAAUGAGGAAUGGCAUAUCCCCCAUAAUUAUUGAUAAUACCAACCUCCACGCCUGGGAAAUGAAGCCUUAUGCAGUCAUGGCACUUGAAAAUAACUAUGAAGUUAUAUUCCGAGAACCUGAGACUCGCUGGAAAUUCAACGUGCAAGAGUUAGCCAGAAGAAACAUUCAUGGAGUCCCAAGAGAAAAAAUACACCGAAUGAAAGAACGGUAUGAGCACGAUGUUACCUUUUACAGUGUGCUUCAUGCGGAAAAACCAAGCAGAGUGAGCAGAAGCCAGGACAGGAGCAGCGCAUCGCCUCCCAACCGGGCAGGACACUGGAAUCCUUACGCGGAGUUUCCAAACCGGAGGGCUCCUGGGGGUUCCGCACACGAGAGCUCCUUUAACAGAAGGGGGGGCAGUCACCACGGGUAUUAGAGGCCCGCCUUACAGGCAUUCCUAGUUUUCCUAGAUCAGUUUUUACUUCGAUUUUUGGUAUUUAGUCUUUGUUCAGUUUUAGUCAGAGCUCUAAUGCCAGUGUAAAUAGUUGAACUUGUACGUUUUUAUGUAGAAGUCACCACAGUCAUCUUCAAGAGGCAUUUGUUACAGUGAUUCUCUAUGCAUGGUCUGAUGCUGGAAGUUCUGCAGUUAAGUUAAACCAACUCACUCUCCAGGGAAAGAACUACUUUGAAGCUGAACUCUGAGAACAUACGUAAGAACGUAAUCAAUUAGUCACACAGUUUCAUAAAAUAAAGUGUUUAUAGUGUAUAUAAGCUUCAGUACUACUUUCUCUGAAGUAAUCUGUUUUUUUCAGGAAUUCAUCUCCAUCAGGAAAGUUGGAAAGGUGGGAGAAGUGAGAGGCAGGAAAAAUUUUAGUGCCAUUGAUACUUUUUAAAUCUGUUUAUCCAAAAAUGUGAGCUGUGUGGCUGUAAUGAUGAUAUUGAUUUUCCUUUAGAAUGAAUAUACUAGAAAGUAUACAUCUAAGGGAAUACUGUCCUUCAAAGUGGACACUUUGGGAAAUUACUCCUUUAUUCUAGUGACAUAUCAUUGUUAAAAAUGUCUGUCAAAGCCUUCUUAAUACAAGCUACUGAGGAGAACCAGUGUCGUUAUUUAAAGUCACUAUUUAUAGUCUUGUGUUUUAACUACCACUUCACUGAACAGUAUUAAACCUAAAUAACUUUUGGCUGUUGUGCUAAUAGCAUCAAUAAAAGAAGCCUCCUUUAUGAAACAUUGAUUUUUAAUUUGAAUCAUUAAGCAGUUUAAAAAUUUUUCCUUAUAUAUGUAAUUAGUUGGCAGCCCCAGUGUUUGGAGUGAAAGGAAUUAAGCAUCCCAGGAUAUAGGUCAGAGACAGGUAUGUGAAAGUCACGCUCACUAUCAGAUGAGCAGUCUUGGUGUUUUACAUGGCAUUGACAAUGAAACUCUACCACAACUCUGGAAUGUCCCUCUUCUACCAAUACUGAAUUUGUGAAUCCAAAUUAAAUCUCAACAGGUUGGAAUCAGAUUAAUUUGGUGUGAGACUCUGACAGUUAAGACCAUGUAGGGUGUGUGCUUUACUUCCUGUUGGCCAACAGCUUCUUGCUAACGUUUCUGUGAAGUUAUUAUUUUAAGUGUCAUAUAAUGGUGCUUUUAUGGUUAUUAAAAAUUAUACACAGUGUUGCUUUA